AUGUCAAAGAUCAGCGAUCCCACUGUUUUUGCCACUGGGUAUGGUAACCUCGAAACAAACACAGACGCUUCAGCUUCCACAUCGCGUUCAAGAAUGAACCCUAACCAGGCCUCCCGUAGAAUUAUUGGUUCGUUCUACAGCGCGCUUUUGCAGCUAGGCAAGUAUGAUUUGAACCAUUUGCCGAUGCAAGACUAUCCAACUUGGGCAAGACGAGUAGUUCAUGCUGAACGCAAACGGCGUAAAGACAAAGGAGUAGAAAUGCCAACAAGGUCUGAAAGGAGAAAUAUCCUAGAUUUCGGCGAGGGGAUUAUUUCACAACCAAAUGGCGAUCAGCAAGGGUCAGUUGGCGAUGACCAACAGCAGCUCACUAAGCAGAAAAAGGGGAAAGCCCCAAAACCGACUCCGGAGGAGUUUGAUGGUGAAUACCUUCAUACUUACGUUAUUGAUGAAGUAACGUACGACGUCGUCUAUGAUAAAACCCUCAGUAGGACUGAUGGGACACUUACUAAGAGAAACAGCAAUGUCUGGGGACACUUUGUCUGCAAAACAGAGGAUUGCGGGGAACGUAAAUGGGACUCAUCCGUUAUCGCCACCAACCUGAGGUUUUGCAGGCCUCGCAAAGCUUACAAAGUCACGCUCCAUGCUCAGAAGUGCAACCAAUGCGAGCAGUAUGCGGAGCCUAUUGUGGAAGUGACGACCUUAGUUAAAAGAGUAGUUUAUGUGUUGGACUUGUGGAUGGGCUUCAGAGCCAAAGAGCCUCGUAAAGAUAAGGAAAUCAAAUCCGAUGGCCCUCAUGAUACUGAACGCUGCCAUGGAUGUGAAGUAAAUGAGUGUCCAUAUGCAGAAAGGGAAUGA